AUGUCUCCACAGAGACAUGUCCGCCUGUCCCCGACAUUUUCUGUGGACGAGCAGACGUCCCGCUGUCCUCUGUGUCAGGACGUCCUGAAGGAUCCAGUCUCCACCAGCUGCGGUCACCAGUUCUGCAGACACUGCAUCUCCUCAUACUGGGACCAGUCUGGUCCACCAGGAGACUCCUGCUGUCCCCAGUGUGGGAAAAGACCCAGGACAGGACGUGGACCACAGAGCAUCCCAGAUGUUGGUCUGCAGAAGGUUCUAGAUGAACAUAAGAUCAGUCUGAGGAGCAGAUUUGAACAUGUGACUGAAGGAACUGAAGGAACAGGAAGUAGAACCCUCCUGAACAGGAUCUUCACUGAGCUCUACAUCACAGAGGGACAGAGUGAAGAGGUCAAUACUCAACAUGAGGUGAUGCAGCUGGAGACGCCCUCCAAGAAGAAGACGGUCCAGGACACUCCCAUCAAGUGCUGCGACAUCUUUAAAGCCUUACCUGACCAGCAGGGGAGCAUCAGAGUUGUCCUGACCAACGGCGUCGCUGGUGUUGGAAAACCCUUCUCGGUGCAGAAGUUCACUCUGGACUGGGCCGAGGGUUUGGAAAACCAGGAUGUGAAUCUGCUGAUUGUGCUCUCGUUCAGGGAGCUGAACCUGAUCAGAGAUCAGCAGCACAGUCUUCUCACGCUGCUCCAUGUUUUCUAUCCAACAUUAGAGAAGGUCAGAGCAGAGGAGCUCGCUGUCUGUAAACCUUUGUUCAUCUUUGACGGCCUGGAUGAAAGCAGACUCUCACUGGACUUCAGCAGCAGCACGCUGGUUUCUGACGUCACACACAGGUCAUCAGUCAACGUGCUGCUGACCAACCUCAUCCAGGGGAAUCUGCUUCCCUCAGCUCUUGUCUGGAUAACUUCUCGACCUGCGGCGGCCAAUCAGAUCCCUCCUAAAUGUGUUGCCAGGGUAACAGAAGUACGAGGCUUCACUGACGACCAGAAGGACGAGUACUUCAGGAAGAGAUCCAGAACUGAUGAUCUGUCCAGCAAAAUCAUCUCACACAUCAAGACGUCCAGGAGCCUCCACAUCAUGUGUCAAGUCCCAGUCUUCUGCUGGAUCAGUGCUACAGUUCUGGAGCACAUGCUGACCACAGAGCAGAGAGGAGAGCUGCCCAAGACCCUGACAGACCUGUACUCACACUUCCUGCUGGUUCAGACAGAGAGGAAGAAGAACAAGUACGAUAAAGGACAUGAGACGAGUCCACGGGAGCUGAUGGAGGCCGACAAGGACUUUCUUCUGAAGCUGGGGAGGCUGGCCUUUGAACAUCUGCAGAAAGGAGACAUCAUGUUUUACCAAGAAGACCUGGAGCGGUGUGGUCUAAGUGUGACAGAGGCUUCGGUGUACUCAGGAGUUUGUACAGAGAUCUUUAGAAGAGAGAGCGUGAUCUUCCAGAAAUCAGUCUACUGCUUUGUUCAUCUGAGUGUUCAGGAGUUUCUGGCUGCAGUCUACAUGUUCCACUGUUUCACCAGCAGGAAAACAGAGGUACUGCAGUACUUCUUCAGACAAGAAGAUAAAGACAGGAAGACAGAGGUACUGCAGGACUUCUUUAGAAAAAAAGACACCAUGGAGAAAUCCCUUCAAAGUGAAAAUGGUCACCUGGACCUGUUUGUUCGCUUCCUUCAUGGACUCUGUCUGGAGUCCAACCACAGACUCUUAGGAGGUCUGCUGGGUCAGACUCAGAACAGUCCAGAAAUCAUCCAGAGGGUGAUCAAGAACCUGAAGAAGAUGAACACAAGGAACAUCUCACCUGACAGAAGCAUCAACAUCUUCCACUGUCUGACAGAGAUGAACGAGCAAUCAGUGCAUCAGGAGAUCCAAGAGUUCAUGAAGUCAGAGAACAGAAGACAGGAACUCUCUGAGAUCCACUGCUCAGCUCUGGCCUACAUGCUGCAGAUGUCUGAGGAGGUUCUGGAUGAGUUGGACCUGAGCCAGUACAACACAUCAGUCCAGGGGAAACAGAGACUGAUUCCAGCUGUGAGGAACUGCAGGAAGGCUCGGUUGAGGGGCUGCAGUUUGACAGAGAUCAGCUGUUCUUCUCUGGUCUCAGCUCUGAAGUCCAACCCCUCACACCUGAGAGACCUGGACCUGAGUGGGAACCAUCUGCAGGAUUCAGGAGUGAAGCUGCUGUGUUCUGGACUGGAGAGUCCACAUUGUAGACUGAAGACUCUGGGGUUGUGGUACUGCAGUUUGACAGAGAUCAGCUGUUCUUCUCUGGUCUCAGCUCUGAAGUCCAACCCCUCACACCUGAGAAAACUGGACCUGAGUGAGAACCAGCUGCAGGAUUCAGGAGUGAAGCUUCUGUGUUCUGGACUGGAGAGUCCACAUUGUAGACUGGAGACUCUGGGGUUGAAGGGCUGCAGUUUGACAGAGAUCAGCUGUUCUUCUCUGGCCUCAGCUCUGAAGUCCAACCCCUCACACCUGAGAGACCUGGACCUGAGGUGGAACAAGCUGCAGGAUUCAGGAGUGAAGCUGCUGUGUUCUGGACUGGAGAGUCCACAUUGUAGACUGGAGACUCUGUGGUUGAGUUACUGCAGUUUGACAGAGAUCAGCUGUUCUUCUCUGGUCUCAGCUCUGAAGUCCAACCCCUCCCACCUGAGAGACCUGAACCUGAGACAGAACCAGCUGCAGGAUUCAGCAGUGAAGCCUCUGCGUGAUCUUCAGAAGAGUCCAGACUACAGACUGGAGACUCUGGAGUCAUCCCUCAGUGUGUCACAGGGCGUUCUGAUCCAUUCAUACAGACCCACGGGGCGCCUGGAACCCUGAGCAGUGAAGCCUUGAUGGUAGGCUUUGCCCUGAUCUAAGAGAGAAGUGCGGCGUACGGGGACUGAGACUUUACGAUCCAUCCUCUCAUCAACAACUCCUGUGUGUACUUUUUUAUUUCCUGUACAGAAGAAUGAGCCUCCUGAACAGGGAUAUCAUCCUUGACCCUGGUUUGCAUCUGUAGGGAUAACAUCCAAUGUCACUGUGGUCACAGGCAGACACUGCAGACUCUUCAUAAAGCAUUUCCUCAGUGACUUAGAUCAGCAGGUGGUCUCCACAGCUAACUGCAGCCUGUGCUGUCUCAACCUGUCGUGUCUCGUCGUGUUUUCCAUCUCAGUGACUUUGGCUGUUCUGAUUCUCUUUGGCUGACAUGUGACCACCUGCUGUCACUGAGGCUCUUUUAGACACUUUGCUGUUCUAGAACACUUCUUCAUUCUAGUGGUUUGUAUCGGACCACAGGUCCAGAGGUGUUGUAGCUCAGUAGUAGAGCCAGUCGUCUUUCAACGUAAGGGUUGGGGGUUCGAUUCCUGCUUCUGCCGUCUGUGCUGGCAGAUAGAAAAAUGUGCUGCACAUAGAUGUGCUGUAUGAAAGUGUGUGUGAUGGGGUUUGAGUGGUCAUCUAGACUAGAAGACUAGAAAACCCUUUACCUGCAGCACACAUGCAUCAUUGUUCCCACUCUGACAGUAGCUAUGCUGUAGCUUUGUGGCCUUUGGACAUGGAUGAGGUGUAUAAUAGCUUCAGCUUGUUCUUCUACACCAAGAGCUUUGCAGAGCCCUUGCAGAGGAGGUUGACAACCAUGGCAGACACAUCAGCGUUGGACUUGUGUAUGAGAGUGGUUCUCUGUUUGCAGCAGACAGGUCAAGGCUCUCUCCUGGAUCAAGAAGCUCUCCAGGUGGUCGCACUGUGUAAUUGGGGAUGGACGUCUCUGUCUUCAGGACCAACACGGUCUCACUCCCAAGUCGUCCCAUGCGUGACGAUCGGGCAGUGUCCCCUCACGUCAGUUCUUAACGUACUGGGUACCCCUUUAGCGUCAAUUUUCAACGCUUGGGGUAGUCAGGUUGACUUCUAUAGAGCUCCCAUAACGUCUGCAUAUGACGCCACGGGACCGA